CAAUGCCAAAUGCAUAAGGAUGAGGCGGUGUGCGCCACGUCAUGGUUUCUUGGUGCUCAUGUUGCAUUGACGCAACAGACUGAACUUUCACACGGAAAAUACAGAAGAGAGCGAGUGAAAGCACGAAUCAGAGCACGGGGGAAGAGAAAGUUUGGAGUGUGCAGGGUAUGAAGUAGCAAAGCUUGGGAGAGAGUUGGUGAGCGAGUGGAUUUCGCAACCAUUUUGCAAAGAAAGAUACCCAACCGUUACAGGAGCAAAACAAGACCCAACUUUGCCUUUAAUUUCUCCCCCUCCCCUCUCUUUUCGUUUGGGUAACAGUUGCAUCUGCCAGCUUGGGGUAAGGGGGAGCUAGGCUGGCGGGGCUCUCAGCUGUUCGCUAGAACAGCAGAGAAUCCCCCCACCCCCUCACUUCAUGCCAGCACUGUUACACGAACUAGUUCCUGUAUCUUAACGACAAAAAAAAACAGCCCGAAUAAAGAGGAAGGCACUCCGGACGUGAGUAAGAGAGAGAGAAAAAAAUUCCACUGCAGAAAAUAUAACGAUCAAUUUGAACUGGAUAUUUUGAGUGUGACUUCAUGAUGAGAAGAUAGCCCAGAAUUUGCUACUUGACGCUCAGAAAGCUUGUCCCCAUGUUGACAGUAAGCAUGGAUGAACAGGAGGCUUUGAAUUCAAUUAUGAAAGAUCUGGCUGCUUUGGGCAAGUGCAGAAAGUCGCUAAAUUACGACAUCAGCAAAAACAAUCAGAAUGAGGUAAGGAUCAAGUUUGAGCAUGAAGGAGAAAAAAGGAUCAUGCAGUUUUCUAGACCAGUGAAAUUGAAAGACAUGCUACAAAAAGUCAGCGAUGCCUUUGGACAGCAAAUGGAGCUACACUUUAUUAAUAAUGAGCUUCGCACUCCACUACGAUGCCAAAAUGAAUUAGACAAAGCAGUUGAGCACUUGGACCUCAAUUCUAGUAUGAAAAGCCUGAGGAUUUUGGUUAUGCCUCGAAAGAACAGCCAUAUGAACUGUAAAACCACGGAGAAGUUGCCUGAAAUUAGAAUGGCAAAAUCUAUGGGAGACUUGUUGGGAUCAUUGUAUAAGGGGAAUGAGCGUCAUCGGAAGCUCUCAACAGGUUCCCUGCAUACAGGACGUAGCUCGCCUCCACCUGGCAGUGUUCCUGAUGGGCAGCAGCAGUUUGUACGGCAAGGAUCCUAUGCCAGUAUCCACAGUGAGGGAGAAUUCAUCCCAGAGGCUUUGGAACAAAGUGUUUUGGAUCCGUUCAGCAGUGCUGAGGCAUCACUGUCUGGAAGCUGUCAGUCGCUGGACACAUCGAUAGACAGCCCAUCUUUCACUCAGCCUGGAGUUGCGAAGAGUUAUCCUGGUGAAUGCUUCAACUUCAAAGAACCUGCCAACCACUAUUGUGAAAGAGCAGGAAAAGGUGGGACAUAUCCACGGCAGUAUCACGUCUCAAAUCACCGCAAGGACUACAGUGAUGGGAGAAGAACAUUUCCCCGGAGCUUCAUCCAUCAGGAAAAUCUUUUCCAACUGGUUCCUUCCAGUAGGUCUCACAGUGCGAAUGGGGACAGCAUGGGGAGUACCUUGCAGUAUGACGACAGUCGAACAAUUCGAUGGAGCAAUGAAGACAAAAAUUGCCUAAAAGUUCAUGACAGACAUUUGCCUUCAGUGUUAGCCCCUCGAGCACCCAUCAACUGGAGACUGGGGAAGUUCCUUGGCCGAGGAGCAUUUGGAGAAGUUUACCUGUGCUAUGACGCAGACACGGGCAGGGAACUGGCAGUCAAGCAAGUGGUUUUUGAUGCAGAUAGCCAAGAGACAAGCAAGGAAGUCAGUGCUUUGGAAUGUGAAAUACAGUUACUAAAGAACCUCCAUCACGACAGGAUAGUGCAGUAUUAUGGUUCGCUACGGGAUACAAUGGAAAGAAAAUUGUCUAUCUUUGUAGAAUAUAUGCCAGGAGGUUCUGUCAAGGACCAGUUGAAGGCUUAUGGAGCACUUACUGAAAAUGUAACACGAAAGUAUACCAGACAGAUUCUAGAAGGGGUUUCCUAUCUCCACAGUAAUAUGAUUGUACAUCGAGAUAUAAAAGGUGCCAACAUUUUGAGAGACUCUGCAGGGAAUGUCAAACUGGGUGAUUUUGGAGCCAGCAAGCGUUUGCAAACUAUCUGUAUGUCAGGGAUUAAAUCGGUAACUGGAACACCCUACUGGAUGAGCCCUGAGGUUAUCAGCGGUGAAGGAUAUGGAAGGAAAGCAGAUGUCUGGAGUGUGGGCUGCACCAUUGUGGAAAUGUUGACUGAGAAGCCUCCUUGGGCAGAAUUUGAAGCCAUGGCUGCCAUCUUCAAGAUUGCCACCCAGCCAACCAAGCCUCACCUACCAGAUAGUGUCUCAAACUCAUGUCGUGCAUUCCUGAAGCAAAUAUUCAUAGAGGAGAAACGGAGACCAUCUGCAGAAGAACUUCUGAGACAUACAUUUGUUCAGUAUAACCUCUAGUCAAACGAUCAGUGGAGCUAUGAAGAGUUGGUACCCCACUGAGUAGGACUUUGAAAUUACUCCCAACUCUUAUAAAGAUACUUCCAAAGGAAAAUGCAUUUUAGCUUUGUAUAUAUUUUUUGUAAAAAUAAUACAAAAUACCAAUCAAUGCAAUUGCACAUUCUGCUUGUUUUAAAACUUGUUGUGACAUAAUUUUAUCUAUUAGCAAUGUAGGAAGGUGAGUCAGUCACGAGAUAGAAAAACUGGAAAACAUUGCGGAAGGCUGAUUUUUUUUUCGCCUAAGUGUUAGUUUUGUUCAGAGUAUUUGGAGGGAGUGUUUUUAAUCAUAUAUUACCAAAUCACCUUGUUAACUACCGACCCCACGCUGUGACACCCCAAUAAGCUGAUUCUAUUUUCCCAUCAAACCUCGGACAUUCCCAGAACAAGUCGUCACUGCCAGAAUAUCACAGAAUUGAUAGUGCCAGCACCAGGGGUGCCAAUGUUUAAAAUACCUUAGUGCAUCCGGAUAAGAGCUGUUGACCCAGAGCUGCAAUACACAGGCCUCGAUGUUUGUGCUGGACAUGGCAGACAAGGGACUCACGUUGCCUUGCUUUGCCGGUGGAAAUUCUGCUGGGUUGGGUGGUGCACUUAGCAGGAUAUCCUUUUCCCCCUGAACCAGCAGAGGAAGCUAUGACACCAGACCGUGCCAGUCUGGUCUGGUGUUGCCACUUUGGGUCAGUGCAGUCUCAAAGUCUGGAGGAGCACACAGCACUGUCUCCAUUCUCCUCUCUGCCAGUGUUAGAGCCACCAUUCACAUUCACCCUAUCCCUGCUACUGGACCCACCUCUCACCAAGGCUCAAGUUUUACCAUUGUCAGUAUGGUCCACAAUAUUUUCCCUCACUUACCCACCACAAGCUCUGACAACAUGAGCCCCACAUGCCCUCUGCACUGCCUACCCACUCACUUGGGACACCUCCUCACCUGAACAAAACAGCAAUGUCACCAACUUUCAACUCCCAUAAAAUCUGCUUCCCUGUCAUUCUAGGAUGGAUGCAGCUCACAAUAGGGAAAAAAUAUGUGAGAUAACAAGGUGUAGAGCUGGAUGAACACAGCAGGCCAAGCAGCAUCAGAGAAGCAUGAAUGCUGACAUUUCGGGCCUAGAUCCUUCUUCAGAAAAUCUUGGUGCUUGGUCUGCAGUGCUCAUCCAGCUCUACACCUUGUUAUCUCAGAUUCUGCCGCAUCUGCAGUUCCUACUAUCUAGGAAGAAAUGUGUGUUUUUUUCCUCAGAAGGUUUGAGUUGUUGGAAUUCCGUUCCUCAAAAGGCAGUGAAUGCAGAUUCUUCAAAAAGAUUUAAGGCAGGGCGGGAUAGAUUCAUCAUUAUCACGGGGAUGAAGGAUUAUUGGGGACAUUCAGGAAUAUAGACUUGAGGUCAAAAUCAGGUCAGACAUUAUCUUAUUGAAUGACAUGUGGCCUACUCUUAUUCCUUAUUCAUAAGUGUCAAGGUGGAACGGGGGCUUCCCAUCAUUCAACUCCCCAACCUGUAUGAGGAGAGAAUCCUAACUCUGACCGCUUAUUUUCAUGUCCAAGCCUCUGAACUGAUAUCGGAGGAUGUUCAUGAUUUACUGUGCCAGGACCCCCUGAGCAAAGCAUUGACUUGACCGAGCAUCACUGAUAACCAUGCCAGGUUUCUUGGCUUCGUGUCUGCACUAAACUGAAAGCAGCACUGGUAUCUCUGGCUGAGCAGUAAGGCAAGGCAAUGCAACACAGGAUGAUGUGAGCGUCCAGAUAGACUCAGUGUGUGUGAGUGUUAUGACAGUAAGCAAACAAAUUGGAGAAAAAGCCUGGCCCAGUACAACGAGCUGAAUGUGGGCUGUCUGAGCACAAAAUAAUAUCCUUGCAGCAGCAUUACGAUGGUAGUUGCUGGCAUGCCCCAAAGUGCAGUGUUGCACAGAAGUGAACCAAGGUUGUUCUGGGUUCUUCGUCUAAGAACGGGCUCCUAGAGGGUGGCACAUGUCGAAUGCCACACCUGUGAACAUGGGAUUUAUAUGGUCAGUGCUCACAGAGUGUGGUGACAGAGCCAGCAGUGAACUGAGGUCACCAGGUACACGCUGUAACAUCUGGCUCAACAUUUGCAUUGUUCAGCUUGUUUGCUGAGUAUAAAUGAGGCAAGUUGUGGUGUUAAUAGAUAUUUAACAUGCAGUAUUCUUUCAUGUGUAACACGGCAUUGCCAACUGAGAAACCCAUCCCCUACCCCGCUGCUCUCCCGAUGCAUAAAAGAGGCAACACUUAGCUCCCCAUGUCAAAAGAAGCUUUGAGAUUUUUCGAGCAAUUCCAUCACAAAUCCCACUGUAGCCCGCACAUCAUUUGGGCCUUUAAGAUUUUACCACAUGUCUUCAGAUCUUGUUCUUAGCUCUUUGUAUAAUUUUUCCAAAACCAGACUGUCUCAUCUUCCUGGUGUCUAAAACACACCUAUACAUUGCAUACAGCAGUCAAAUGAUGUCACAGUGUGACUGACAGAUUGUUUCCCUUCGGAUCAGGAGGUACAUUGUCAAAGUCCUCCUGGAUUAUAUCCAUUCUGCAUUUCCACGUUUGGGUUAACAGGGAAAGAUGAGCCAGAUGUUUGGUUAAAGGAACGUAAACAAAACCUGUUGGUCCUUGGAACUAAAAUACUCUGUUACUGAGCCUUUCCUAAACCUUUCUUUUCUAUUCACUUACUAUUGGGCUGUAUAUAAUAAUGUCAUUUAAAUACAACUUUGUUUAUUUGAAAGCCAUGUUGAAUUUUGUAAAAAAAAAGUAAUCCUCCUUUCACUGGAUGGAAAUAAAGGAUCAUUGAAAUGCA